AUGGAGGUCGACCACGCCUUGAUCACGGCGUUGGUUGAGCGGUGGCGUCCGGAGACGCACACGUUCCACUUACCCCAUGGAGAAAUGGGUAUCACCUUGCAAGAUAUGGAGGUGAUGCUGGGGCUUCUGGUGGAUGGGUUGCCUGUCACUGGGAAGACAGACUACAAAUGGAGUGAGCUGUACGAACAGUUGUUGGGCCAUAAACCUCCACCCCCGAUACCAAACUCAAACAAGUCUACCCUUGCUGGGGCGAGGAUAAGAUACACCUGGCUUGAUGCACAGUUUGUCAAUCCCUUAGUUGCGGACGCUUCUGACGAAGUCGUGCAGCAACAUGCCCGCUACCACCUACUUGUACGGAUGGGGGCCCUCUUGUUCAUGGACAGGUCUGCGGACCGGGUCUCACUGCUGCCUCUGCAGUUGCUCAACCCAGUCAGCAAUGCGAGACGGUAUAGCUGGGGUAGUGCAGCAUUGGCCUGGCUGUAUAGGCAACUUUGUGGUGCAUCGAAGAAGGAUGCGAUGCAGAUUGGAGGAGCACUCUUGUUGGUGCAGCUAUGGGCCUAUUCAAGGUUCCCACAAUUAUGCCCUGUUGUGAGGCCGCCUCUACCGCCAGUGCACUCAGGGCCCCUUGCCAUUAGGUGGAGCGGGCCAAAAUGCACCGCAGAGCAUGCCACACACGUCCUUGCUGCGUACCGGGCGUCACUGGCUACAGUACGGGCCGAGCAGAUUGUAUGGGAGCCGUACACGCAUACGCUAGGCUCCCUACCUGCGUAUUGCACUGCUGGGCAGCAUAUUUGGAGGGCCGAGGUGCCGUUGAUAUUCUUUUGGAUAGUGGAGUGGCAUCAUCCUGAGCGAGUCCUCCGUCAGUUUGGGAUGAAGCAACCAGUUCCAAGUGUCGUGGAUACGUCGACUACCCUUCACAAGAUAUCCCUUCAGGGUAAAUGGGAGAAGAACUGGGAGGUAGAACAUGAUCCCUUUAUUCGGCAAUGGGCCAACCGAGUGAAUGUAGUUCGCGGGUCCGAUCUCCUAGACGAUGAUGAUACGUAUCUCGUUGAGUACAUGAUGUGGUACAAUCGCCACACAAGGCGGUACAUAACACCAGAGUCUGCGUAUUGGGAACUCAUGGUUCGGACGAUGAUUAGGUCUAUACCGAGGUGCGAUGAAGGUUCUGACAUGCACACUGACCUUACAUUUACACUAGAGCUUGUGGAGGAGCUAGGCCGACUUAAAUUGGCGAAUGCACUUGCAGAAGCAGUUGACAUUGAUACACAGGCCCCAGUUCGUGGCGGGCAACGUGUUGGGUCUCGUGGGGGUGGACAUCGUGGAGGUGGUCAAGUUAGUCGCAGCCGUACGACCGAGUCGGCUCCCAUCUAUGAGGAAGGGAAUGAGGAGGGUGUAGAAGAGGCAUGGCUUGGCACUGAUUGGGUACUGUCUGAUGACGACGGCAGGACAUCGCAAUGCAUGCCUGGCGAUGGUGCUGGGCCAUCCCAUAGCGUCGAUCAUCAGGGCACUGUUCCAGCCCACACUACAUCCCAUGGUGCUAGCAUGGACUUUGAGGGCCCUCCUCGUAUGUCGCCCCCAGUUUUCAAUGGAUCUGCCCAUGAUGGUGGAUGCAUAUUUGUCCCCACACCAGAUACCGGCUGA